CCUGGGGGCUGCCCGAGUCCAUGCACAACCUCUCUGCUCAGCCCUGGCACAUGAAGAUGGCCAAUCUGACCUACGACAACUUCACUGCCAGCAACCGCUCCGAGGUGACCAUUCAGUCUCCCACCAACUACAAGACUGUGGAGCUGGUUUUCAUCGUCACGGUCACUGGCUCGCUCAGCCUCGUCACUGUGGUGGGGAACAUCCUGGUGAUGCUCUCCAUCAAGGUGAAUCGCCAGCUCCAGACAGUAAACAACUACUUCCUCUUCAGCCUGGCCUGUGCGGACCUCAUCAUUGGGGUCUUCUCCAUGAAUCUCUACACGGUCUAUAUCAUCAAAGGCUACUGGCCGCUGGGUGCUGUAGUGUGUGACCUGUGGCUGGCCCUGGACUAUGUGGUAAGCAAUGCCUCUGUCAUGAACUUACUCAUCAUCAGCUUUGACCGAUACUUCUGUGUCACCAAACCCCUGACAUACCCAGCCAGAAGGACCACCAAGAUGGCAGGGUUAAUGAUUGCAGCCGCAUGGAUAUUGUCCUUCAUUCUCUGGGCCCCUGCCAUCUUGUUCUGGCAGUUUGUUGUGGGCAAGAGGACAGUCCCCGAGGGGGAAUGCUACAUCCAGUUCCUCUCCAACCCUGCAGUGACCUUUGGCACAGCGAUUGCUGCAUUCUAUCUGCCCGUGGUCAUCAUGACAGUGCUGUACAUCCACAUCUCACUGGCCAGCAGGAGCAGAGUGAGGAGACACAAGCCUGAAAGCAGGAAAGAGAGGAAAGGCAAGUCCAUCACUUUCCUCAAAGGUCCCUUGAUCAAACAGAACAACAACAACUCUCCCAAGAGGGCCAUGCAAGUCAAGGAAGAGAUGAGGAAUGGAAAAGUGGAUGAGCAGACCUCAGCCCAAACAGAGGCUACAGGCCAUCAUGAGGAGAAGGAGACCUCCAAUGAGUCCAGCACUGUCAGCAUGACCCAGACCACAAAAGACAAGCCAACAACAGAAAUCUUGCCAGUGGGGCAAGGGCAGAGCCCAUCCCACCCCCGAGUGAACCCAACUUCCAAGUGGUCAAAGAUUAAGAUUGUCACCAAGCAAACUGGCACCGAAUGUGUCACUGCCAUUGAGAUUGUCCCAGCUAAGGCUGGGGCCUCUGAACACAACUCGCUGGCCAACAGCCGCCCUGCCAAUGUUGCCAGAAAGUUUGCCAGUAUCGCCAGGAGCCAAGUACGGAAGAAGCGCCAGAUGGCAGCCAGGGAGAAGAAAGUCACUCGGACCAUAUUUGCUAUCCUGCUAGCCUUCAUACUCACAUGGACUCCAUACAAUGUGAUGGUCCUUAUUAACACAUUCUGUGAGACCUGUGUACCUGACACAGUGUGGUCCAUAGGCUACUGGCUCUGCUAUGUCAACAGCACCAUCAACCCAGCCUGCUAUGCCCUCUGCAAUGCUACUUUCAAGAAAACUUUUAAGCACCUUCUCAUGUGCCAAUACAGGAACAUUGGCACAGCCAGAUAAACUGGCACUCAGGGACCACUUUAGCAAAAUUAUGGAAAUCUUUCCCUUUGCCUCCUUUGCUGGCGAGGGGGUCCUCUGCUCCCCGCUCACGAGAGUGCAGACUGUGCAGUGAAUGCAGAUGAUGCCCUUCACCCAAAGCUGACAAACGUCCAAGACACCUCUGAGCUGCAGCUUUCUAGUCACCCUUGGCCUGGAGACUCACCUAGGGAACCAGAGGGAAAACCAUAGGCAAGAUGAUGCAAGGAUACAGGAUUAACAGGAAUCUGCCUCAGUUCCCUGCUUUUCAGAUGCUGCCUCUUCUUUCCCAAGCUGACCUUCUGCAGGGCUUCAGAGCGUGUCUACCUGUGGAGGGCCUAACACUGGGUGCUUUUAUCAGUCUCUUAAAUCAUUUAUUCUCCCCAGAGAUGGGUGCCAAGCAUUUGUGAGCCAUUUUGGACCACUCUGGCAUGGAUGUGCUUACAGAAAGUCCUUUUGGCCCACCCAGCCUCUCUCACAAGGCAGUCGAGAUUGCCUCCUCAUGGAUGCUGCAGACUCCCUUUUCUUUCCCUUUAGAGAUAUGCUGAUCUAGUGACUAUGGGAAGUUUUUUCUCCAGGCUUUGACUCCGCUCUACCCCUCAUACCCUUUCUGCCCCGAAAUGACAGUUGGCUAGAUGGUUGGAUGGACAAAAUAAACAUCUCUCUUCUGGGUGAGGUGUAAAAACUAAGUCAUCUCCUAGAAUGAAAGAAAUUAGAGCUGCGGAGAAGAGCACUGAUAACAUGUAGGAUUUCUCUCCACAACCGUGAGGGAAUGUGGCCUCUGAGAACCAGGCAGGAAUGAUAAAGUAACUGCUGUUGGGAAGGGAAACAGGGAGCUGCUGUGCUGCUCAGAGGACAGGGCUGCACAGGGCACUGGGCAGAGCAGAAAUGCAGAGACAGAGGCUCUUGGGCAGGGUAGUGGCCCUGUAACACGGCAGAGAUGAUCCGCGUGUCGUCUGGGCCCCACUUGCCCUCCCCGCUGCCCAUUGCGGGUGUGGACGGACACUUCACACACCUUCGCUGGGUGCCCUCUGGAUCAUACCGGGUUGGUGGGGCACAGGGGGAAUCUCCUUUCCUGCCCUGGUCACAGCAACACACCCAAGGGUGUCUGAAGGAUCUGGCCACUGAUCUUUGUACAUGGAUGUAACCCUGUUGUCAGUGUUGUCACAGAGUCCUCAGCAUGUGGGGUUCAGUGUACGUGUCCAGCCCCUGUCCCAGCGUAUUUAUGUAUACAGACCAAAUCAAGUAUCACUGUUGCUCAGCUUCUCCCAAAGUCAGAUUUUUUGCAGGUGUUUUGUGAGCGGGCACAGCUGCACAGGUGAGGGCCUGGCUGGGGCACACUGGCACGUGUGGACCACGGCUCUGGGUCUGUGCCUCCUUCCUGCCCCCAGCCUGUGACAGGGCCCUGUGGGCUAGAAAAAAGGCUCCCCAACCCAGGGGGGGCCUCCCGCUCUCUGACGCUGCCUUUAGAAUAAUUUACAAAGCAUUACCCAAAACGCCUGGCAGGUUUUUUUGUU